UGUUCUCAUCGAAGUCUGUUAAAAUUUGUGAAGCGUAGUUUGUCAAUGAAAACUGUCAGACAUUGUGCUGUCAAUCAAACGGUUUAAUUUAAACUGCAGCUUUUCGAUUGGAUUUUGUACAAUAUUUAGGCAUACAUACACAAAUAUACCUUCGUGUCCUUACUGUCAAAGUUGAAUGUGUUCCGUUCGGUGAGGUGGAACGAUUACAUUACCGUCAGGUAUGCUAUAUGAUGAUUGUGAUCUAUUUAGCAGUGUGGAAGGUGUUAAUAAAUAUUUGUAGGUCGAGUGGAAAAAACUGUGUCAAAACACUAAAAAGUUACUAGAAUUUUUGAGUGCAGUAAUUUUGACAUUUAAUGGAUCUUAAACAAUAAAUACGAAGGUAAUAUACUGCUGUAAUUCUCUGUCUUUUUCGUCUAAUUACAUUGAAGAUGUGAUAAAUGAUCACGGGCUAUGGGUCUGUGCAACAUAAACACACAGUUCUAGGAUGUAUAUAAGUGUUAGUAUAGUGCCAUUUGUAGCUGUUGUCAUGUUCAGUGUACUUCCUGUUUGUUCUCAGGAUUAUUGUGAUACCGUUAAGAAUAAAUGUAUAGCUAAUCUAGGCUGUGGUAUGGCGUUACAUACAUUCUACAUUGCAUGUUCCUCCUUACUUUCAGGAGAAUCACCAGAGUGCUCAUCACAGUGUGAGAAAGCUCUUAUUUCUUUAGUUUGGGCUGAAGACACUGUAGGGAAACAGUUCAUAAACUGUAACUGUAGCGGGGGAGAUAAACACUGCGAGGAUCAAAAGAUGAAAAUAGAAGUGUGUGAGAAUGUUAGAAAAUUUAACAAGUCAGCAAUUGUUAAGUGUGGUUUAGCAAAAUGGUUAUGCGAGGCAGAUACAGAGUGCCUUUUUGCAUUAAAAUUUUUCGAGGAUCAUUGUUCAGGACUUAUACGUGGAGAAAAAUGCACUCCGAGUUGUAACAAUAGUUUGACGAUUCUAUAUCAAUUACAAAGUGCCCAAAAAAUGACGACAUGCGAGUGUGAUGGCACUGAAGAUUUUAAAUGCAUGCAAAUAAGACGUUACACGGACCGAUUAUGCUUUUUUAAGGAGGACCAUGCAUCAAGUCGGGGCAUUCGUUAUUCGACGCCAUCUAAAAUUGUGUUUCUAUCUCAAGUUUUAUUUUUUGUUUUAUUUAUUCGAUGUUUUUCCUGUUCAUAGUUUGAAAUGACAAAUUGCACUGUAAAACACGCAAUGCAAUCGAUUAUAAGACGAAGAUAAGAAAAGGAAAAGGGAUUUCAUCUUCCUGUUUGAACAUUCCAACAUGACACAAUCGUGCUUUCGUGUUGAUCAAUUUAUAUUUUGUUUUGUUUAUUAAUUUAUAUUUGUUAAAUAAUAUAAUACAU